GGCAUCGGUACUGAGAGCAGGUAGAGCGACAAUGAGAUCCCGGGGGAGCGACAGAGAGUCCGGGAGAUAAACUUUUGGGACGGUGUCAUAACCACGCUGUCCCGGGACCCUACCAGCGUUUCAGGGGGACUACAUGGAGAUUGGACUAUUAUCCUCUCACGCGUUUUGGGCAGUUUAUUUUUUUCCGUUCACUUGUUUGUGAUCUUGAUGAACGAUUCAUUUCCCCCCUCGGUGCUCUCAGGAGGGUCGGAUCUAAUUUCUCAACAUGCCGCGGAGGCUCUGAAGUCGGGGGAAAGCCUACCUUCUUCGGGCUCUUAACGCAACGACUUGGUGUAAUUAAGAGGCGACUGUAGAACGCCAGUUCAUGGCAGGUUUACAGGAGCCGCUUCGGUGUCGGAGCCAGCUUGGUUACAAAGGCUCGGCAAGAAAACUGUCUGUUCCGGUUAAUAAUUAGAUAUAACGGAGUACUCAACCGAACAGCGUCUUGGAGGAUUAUACUUUUUUCCCCCUCUCCCUCGCAAUUCCUCGGCUGUAAAACACAUUGCAUAACUUUUCGGCUUCGCUUUUUUUUUAUCCACCAGCAUGACUCCCAACUCUCCGGCGGCAACCUGUAUACCAGCCUUUGAAGUUCAAGCCGCGGCUCUCGAGCGUUUUUGGUGGAUUUAUCCAGAAUCUGUGGCGUCCGCGAGACGGGGGCUCGCUUCUUCUUCUUCUUCUCCUGACACUUUCGCCCAGCUCGUGUUUGCUCACACGAUGUGACUGAAAAAGGGUUGUUUUUUUGCGUCUUGGUGUAAUAUAAGAACACAAGUCGCGUACGACAUGACCGGGAUCUGAUCCAGCGGAGAGAGAGAGGGAGAGAGAGGGGGGGUCAUCUGUUAGAGAGGGGGAGUGAAACAACCUGCGAACGAGAAGACCCGAGUUGGCUGGUGUGAUGCGGAGCGGCGCUUUGGAAAUCAGGGCACGCUUCAGGUUCCUUCAUGCUGCACCGGAGUGCCACUUUUCACGUUGAUAAACACUGGAAUCAGGGCUCAUUUAGGCCUUCUUGUCACGGCUCUAGACUCCCCUUCCCGUAACGUGUGCUGUUUGAAUUUUGAAACCCAGAUGCUGAAUGGAAGUUUUAGGAUUUCUGCUGGAAGCCUUUCAUCGUUAACAGUUUGGAUUACAACUAAUCUCUUCAGCAGGUAGUUACUGAGACGGACAGAGAGAGAGAGAGAGAGAGAGAGAGAGAGAUUGAAAGGGAAGAAGCGGGACCUGUUCCUGAGGGCUUGGGUUGUUAUUUCUGACGAAGUCCACUAUGUGCGGCCGGGCACCGCCGCUGCAGCCGAGGCCAUGACCGUCCCUCAGCGGCGCAUGGCCGGGCUCUGGCCGUGGCUGCUCAUGGCGGCCCUGCAGGUGGUGCGUGGCCAACCGAGCCUGGAGUCGGAGCGGUCGGGACUCCGAGCGGUCAUCAAGGUGACUCUGGUGAAGGAGCCCACGGGAGAGCCCAUCGUCCUGAAAGGGGAGUUCGUGGGAGGAAGUGCGGGCAAAGCGCAGGGGAAGCUGAUGCAGUAUCACCCUCUGUCUCUGUGCAACACAAGCGAUGAUGAACGACAAGACAGCGCCUUCAUCACCAUCGUCAAACUGGAGCACAGAGUUCCCCGCUGCUCGCUGCUGCUGGAUAAGGCUCGCAUAGCGCUGGAAAAGGGAGCCCAGGCUGUCAUCUUCGACGUCAGCGAUGAUGCCGUCGCGGCUGCUGAGCUGAAGGAAACAGACUCACUCCCCCGUCCAGUGGUGCUGAUAAAGGGAGUGGAUGCUGAGGAGCUUAUGAACCUUGUUAACAAGAACGAGGAGGCCACAGUUGUCAUUGAGACCAAGGUGGAGCCCAAAUGGCCACAUUAUGAUGUGAGUAUCCUGCUCACCAUCGUCCUGGUCAUCCUCACUAUCGUCCUGAUCUUUGCUUUCCGCUACAAGUGCAAGUCCAACAGAACUUGGGACUCCGUCCAUCAGCAGACCAUGCGGGCCAUUAGCCACCUGGAGACCAGAAUCUACCGCUCCCAGGGCUGCUCUGGCUCACAGCGCCACCGUGGGGCCUGGGGCUCGACCAGCAGCUCCAACUCAAGCCCCGUCUGUGCUAUCUGCCUGGAGGAGUUCCAGGAGGGGCAGAACCUGAGGAUCAUCUCUUGCGCUCACGAGUUCCACAGAGACUGUGUGGACCCCUGGCUGAUGCAGCAUCGCACCUGUCCUCUUUGCAUGCACAACAUCAUGGGGACAGAGCGGUCGGCUCAUGGGGACCGAUCCCAGCAGAGUUCAGAGCAAAGCCAAAGCUUCCUGCACCCUCAGCCUUACAGUAACCCUCACAACCACCCCUUCCCCCAGCAUGCUAUCCCCUUCUCUAUGAGACCUCACUACCCCCGUGGGCCCUCGGGACCCUAUCCCACUCUGGACCACUACAGUGGCUCUUCUCCCAUGGACACUCAGACUCUACACUUCCUCAACAGCCGGCAGCUGGGUGCUGGCUGUGGGUACCACCUCCCUGUGGAUGUUCCUGGGAGGCCCCACAGGAUUGGGACCAACUGCCGGACCUCCGCCCAUCACUACAACUCUCGUCGGUCCUGUCACAAUUACCGCUCCUCCUGCAUGGCCCAGCGGAACGUGUCGGGCUCGAGGCCACAGCACGGAAUCGCGGUUACGCCUCAGAGCCGCGGAGUAGCGGCCCACGGCAGGCAGGACGACGGGAGCUGCUCCGGGGGCAGCUACCACACAGAACGGAGCGGGUACUUGGCCGAUGGGCCAGCGAGCGACUCGAGCUCAGGGCCCUGGCACGGCUCCUCCAGCGACUCCGUUCUCAACUGUACGGACGUGUCCCUGCAGGGAGUUUACGGCAGCUGGUCCACCUUCCGCAGCUCUCUGAGCAGUGACUAUGAUCCGUUUGGGUAUUUCGGGGCGGGGCCUGGGCACGUGCCCCGCAGAAACAGUCUAGAGGCUGGGGCCCAGAACCGGCCCAAGUCUCUGGAUUCUGUUGUGAACAAAGCAGGCUGCCUCGAGGAGAAGCCACAGACUGUUUUCAGCCACAUCCACUACCAUCGCCACAGACACCACCACUAUGAGGAGGGGGAGCACAGCCAGGGGGUGAGCCGAGGCUCGGACGAGGAGCAGGGAGCUGCUGCCGCUGCUCCCUCUGCUCCUGUUCAGGACAAAGACUCCCCGCCGUGCCCCCCCAAACACAGCCCCUGUCACUGCCCCAAGCCGGACCCCACUGAUCGGCCCAGCCCGGGGACAGAGCGACAGGACCAUAACCAAACGGGUCCUCCUGUAAUAGUUCCCUCAGUCCCCCUGCAGCUCCAGCCCCACUGCUGCCACCAGGGACAUGGACACCCUCACACGACUCUGGGCCGAGUGGGAGGCUGUCUACUUGACGGACCCUCUGUUCACUUUCACCAGAGUCUGGACCGGCAGGACGACCGCAGCAUCCACAUCCACUAUGGUCAGAGUCCAGGCUUCUGCUGCUCCCCCCCAGAGCUGCACCCAGCCUUACUGCCCGUACCUCUCAUCUUGGACUCUGCGGGGAUAGAGGAGUGGCCUUGCUGCACAGGGGCCCAUGUUGUGUGGCAGAGGCAGGUCCAGCAGGCUCACUCAGAGCCUCAGCUCAUGGGACCAGGAACCUCAAUGGACAGGCCUCCCUGCAGGUUCCACCAGGGGCCCUCUGCCGAGCGCAGCGCCGAUAUUUGUUUAUACUGCCAAUCAAUGCAGCACAAUCAGGGAUCAGAAGAGGAGUCUGGGGUGUGAGAAAUCGCCUCAUCCCCAGGUGCCUGAACAGAAAAAUUCCACCAGUGAUGCCUUUGUACAAGCAAUUUCCCAGCUGCCUUAGGAAGACUUCUAUUGUCAAAUAAUGAAACGAUCUUCAUUUUGGAAAAAAAACAACUGAAUAUUUGUUAUAAUAUAUACUUUAUGAUUUGAAUGUGUGAAGAUAGGGUGUUGCAGGGAAAACAACUCUCACGCCACAAAGGGGCAAAAACAUUCCUCCUGGUCAGCGACGGGAGAAUUAUUCUCAUUAUCACUGUUCCCCAAGCUCCUCGGCAACCCCCCCCCCCCCCCCCCCCCCCCCUCAAAAGAAUGGUCCUGCUUUGGGUGUUGAGCCCGCAUGAAGUGAGACUGUGUCUCUGCAUCACUUGCUCUUUUUUAUAUACAAGGUAACUUGAUUUAUUGUAGAGGUACUUCACUUUCAUCUACGCGGUCUUUACCUUGCUUCGUUGAGUCCUCUCUCAGCUUAGAAAUGCUUUUCUCUCCAGCCUACCUCAGCUCAGAUUUCCUAACACGCCUCACACAGGGGUUUUUUAAAGGUACUGCUGUAGUGUUUUGUUUUAAAUUCCUAUGCAGCUUCCAAAAACUCAACAGAUAGUCCCCCCUCUUGGCAAAUCUGGAUUGUUCAAACGGAGAGAACGUUUUUUGUGCUCAGCCCCAACAAAGAACGAGCAUUCACUGAGGUCCCUCAGCCUUGCAUGGGCCUUGUUUUCAUUAUUUCAGUAAUGGCAGCUGUUUUUGUCUUUCCCAUUUUCUGUUUUUUUGUUGUUUGCAAGGUUUCCUCUACAAAACCAACCGGUUUGACUGAAUUAUGUGAUGGUCAUUACAAGCUAUUGUCAUGUUUUUUUGUCAUUUCUCUUGCUAGUGGUUACUUCAGUGCUGUAAAGUAAACAGAGGUUUCGUCAGAAGGAUGUCGAACACAUCCUCUGAUUUUGUUAACUCAUCAUGACGUUAUGCUGUUGGCUGCAAAGAUUAUGCUUUCCCUUUUUCUUCCACAACCUGUAAAACCAAACAGCACUAACUGUUUUGUAGUGUACCUGGCUUAAAGCCAUAUAAAUAGCACAUUGCAAAAAUAAUUACCCUUGUUGAACCUUUUCACAUUUUCUCAUUUUACAACCGCAAACUUCAGUGUAUUUCAGUGGGACUUCUAGUGCUAGACCAAAGCGAAGAAACAUGCUAGCUGCGUAGUUUAGGGAAACUUGGUUUAAGGAUAAUUGGUUUGAAAAGUGCAGGAUUUCAGCCCUGUUCACUCUGACAGCCGUAAAAAUCCACCGCCUUCUGAAGUCAACAAUAAAAUUCAUUGCAAGUUGCAAAAUCAAUGACAUUUGGUGGCAAGAAGAGAGCCUCGAGAAAGCCUUUUAGGACACAAACAUGUGGAACAUCUGGUCAGUUAGGAAUACAUUUGAAGCAGCUGAGGUGGCAGCAUCAUGCUGUGGGGUUGCUUUUCUUCAGCAGGGGCAGGGAAAGCUGUUGUGAGUAGAUGGAUGGAGCGGAAUAGAAGGCAAUCGUGGAAGAAAACCUGUUGGAGGGAACAGAAGACUUGAGACUGGAUUGAAGAUUAACUUGUGGCACAUUAAACAUACAGCCAUAGCCACAAUGGUUAGAAUCAGCCAGUGAAACUACAGCCCUAAACCCUAUUCAGAAUAAGCAGCAAGAAUUAAAUCAAUAUUGCUGUUCGUGGAUGCUGUCCAUCUGUGACGGAGCUUGAGCUAUUUUUUAUCAUUUCAAACUUUAGCCGACCAUAGCUGGUAGAGCUAUUGCUGCUGACUUAGAGGGGGCUGCCACAGCUUUAAGAUCUUUAAUUGGGGAAAAUUUGAAAAGCAUGGAAAAUUGUUUUUCCACUUUACAAAGAUGCACCAUUCUGUGUCGGUUGAUCACAUAGAAUCCCAAUUAACUGCCCUGAAGUUUGCUGUAAUGUAACAAAAUGUUUAAAGGCUAAAGGGGUGAAUACUUUUGCAAGGUAUUGUAGAUGGCCUUAGCAGCUAGCCUGUUGCUGUGCUGCAGUCCCAGUGCCACGAGCACUUGGUGUGGUUUCCCCAAGGCGAAGAAGGAGUGAUCACUCAACUGUCUGAAUGGCAUUAGGGAAGAAAGCCCACCUGGAGCUCAGAAACACAUUGGAUUCAAGGAUUUUAACUCCUGAAUGUGUUAUUUUCUAAAUGUAAAAAAAAAAAAACACUUUAAGAAAUUGUGAUUGAGAUAUUUUUUUUACCUCAUAUUCUAAUUUAUCCGUUGACCAGUGGGAAAAAUGCAUUUCAAGAAAACAGCAGUUACACUAAGCUGUACAGUACAGAGGAAAGUCAGUCUCACUGUGCCAUUUAAAUCGGGAUUUUCUACUUAACUCCAGCAGAAAUAAGCUGAGAUCUAACAAAUAACGUAUCAUGUGUUAGCACAUUCUCUGAAAGGCUCAGUAAAUAUGUGAAGGUUUUUGUUUUUUUUUGUUUUUUUGCAGACCAGCUGCAGCUGAAUGAGAACUUGUGGAAACUGCGACAUAACUAGUAGCACUUACGAAACCUUCACAUGUGCCUUAUUAAUUCAGACUAAAUCAGGAAGCUCCCAAAAACGACGGCUCUUACCUGCCCAACCAAAGAGGCCAAAUCUUAACACAGUGAACCCUGUUGUAUGUGUAGUGCCUUUUCUCCCCCCCACCCACUCCCCCGCCCUCACCCUUCCUUUUUAUUUCUUUCUGUGCUGACAAGAGAGAACAUGUUCGGAUUGAAGUGGUAAUAAUUUUGGGCAAUCAUGCAGAAUCUAUCACCUGUAACCCUUUCUACAAAUACCUCACUUUGAAUGUGCCUCUAGCUAAAGUAUGUGGGUUUAUGUUUCUAUUCUUUUUUGUGGCCGAACAGUCCCAGGGACUGACAUGGAAAUGACUGAAUUUUAAGAAGCACUUUGGCCUUAUGAUUUUAUACUGAAAUUAAUAAAAAAAAAAAAAAAAAA